CGCUUUCACUGUCCACCAGGAAGGCAGGCGCUGAGAAAGCCAAUCAACUUCUCGCGUAGACACGGGAGCGCACGUGCUGAAGCUGCCGACUAUCACCGCCCACAUCGUAAUUUGCUACAUGACUCAAAGAUCAGCUUUGCUGCAGCUAUAAGCGAAAUCCCACACAGCGAGAAAAUAGACCGAGGCAAAGAUGACAAGCUACGGGGCCCGAUUGUCAAAGAAAAUGCCGUCGUAUACUGGCAGUGUGUCCGAGGAGGACGAUCCCAGUCUCUCCGCCGAGGACGAGGAAGUGGACGAGACGUUCGUAGCACUGCAGAAACUACUGAAGGCGCUCAACCGCACCAACCGUGGCAGCGUUAGCAGCAACAACGGAAGCUUCCUAGGAGGAGGUAGCAGUAGCGCCCAAGUUGCUCCCGCCAGUGACAGCUCCAAUCAGCAGCAGCGCAUGUCCCGUGAGGAGAUGCUCGAGACUCGACGACAGGAGCGUGACCGUUUUCGCCGCUCACUCUUCGCCAAGAACAUCAACACCCACCGUACGCGUCGUCGCCGCACAUGUCCGGCCUACUACUGUUCCGAAGAGGAAGAGGAGGAGGAGACGUCAGUGCCUUCAGUAGAGAGCACCAUUUCCAGCAGAUUCAUGAACGGAUCCUUCUCCACUCUCAACGUGCACGUGAUCUCGCGCGACCGGUGGUCGACAGAGGACCGUGUUAUUGAGCGCCUCCCAAUUGUUAUGUUGCCGAAGAGCGGCAAGAUCUCGAUCCCCACCGACAACGAAAAGAUCGAUGUCGUACAGACGGAUGAAUAUAUUGACCUGCGCGAGAAGCUCGUCGAGAAUAUGCCCCCAGGAGCCUCAACUCUGCACUACCUCACGCCACCGCGCUCUACAUGGUACAUGCAGAUGCAUGACUUCGAGGGGCUCAAGUGCUAAACAGACUGCGUGGUUGGUCUGCGCAAGAAGGAGGCCAGACUGAUUUUUUGAAGAGAGUCACCUCGUGCUGGCUGGAGAAUGAGAGAUUUUACAGCGACGAGACUCAUGCAGAUGGAAGCGAACGAGAUGCUUCCUCAACGCCAUCCUUGUUGUGGCCCCCUCGGGAGAUGCGCUUGUGCCUUCAUUAGAAAGGAUAAUGUAUUCUUAUUUAUCAGGCAGCGAGGGCCGGUGGCAAAGAUGGACUCUGCGUGAGCUCACAGUCCACAUUGUAGCGAGCAAAUAACCAUUCAAAAGCAAGAUCACUCUAAGCGUUAUCCUUGUUGAAAUGUACCUAGGUUGGCUAUCCUCGACCCAGCAGCACUUGCGGGCAGUCUACUUAACUAUUUACAGCUCCUCUUCGCUCGGAAUCAACGCGGCACGGUACUUCUCGUACGUGACGAAGAAGACAACGCACCAGGGUGCCUUACGCAUCCAGUUAGGGAUGAAGCCCUUGUAGAAUGCGCUCGCACCACCCUCUUGGAAAGUC